AUGUCGGAAGUUCCACACACCAGCCAAGUCACCCUGCCGGUGACGUCCCUUUGGGCCAAUCGCAAAUGCCUGAUCAUUGCUUGCAUUGUCGCGACUGCCAAUACUCAGUAUGGCUUCGACAGUGCCGCAAUUGGUGCCCUCCAGGCGAUGCCCGGCUUUCUGAAAGUGUUUGGCUUUCCAGACCCGAGCAGCCCGCUAGGCUAUGGGAUUAGCAGCACAUUUCAGCAACUGAUCGGCUCUCUGUUGACGCUCGGUGCUUUUCUCUCGUCGAUUCUUGCCGGAGCUUUUGGUGCUUUCUACGGUCGCAAGACGGCACUUUGGUUGGCCUGCAUCCUGAACUGCAUUGGGUUGGCCAUUCAGAUUGGCACAACAAAUAAGGGGGUGAUAUACCUUGGUCGAAUUGUCCUUGGGUUCUCAAAUGGUUUCCUCGUCACCUUUUCGAACAUCUAUACGGCCGAAAUCGCGCCGGCUCAUCUCAGAGGCGUGAUGGUUGCCCUCUUUGCCUAUUGGGUCAAUAUCGGGGCUAUUCUGGGUACCAUCGUCGACAACUAUACCAAGGACCGACUGGACAAAGGUUCUUAUCAGAUUCCGAUCGGCUCCCUUUAUAUUGUGCCAGUGCUUCUGGGGAUUGGACUCUUUUUCGUUCCCGAGACCCCUAGGUGGCUGUUGCAUCAUAAUAAAGAGAGCCAGGCACGGAAGGCUUUGGAAACACUACGGGCGGACUCGCUGGCUCCAGAGUAUCUCGAACUCGAAUGGGCGGAAAUCAUUCGCGGCGUCGAGGAAGAAAGACGGGUUGCAAAGUCUGUCGGACUCUUGGAUAUGUUCCGAGGUGCCGACUUGCGAAGGACGCUUCUGUGCUGGGGUACUAUUUUGACCCAGGCAGGUAGCGGCUCGUGGUUUCCUAUCGCAUACCAAACCUACUUCUUCCAAAUUGCCGGGAUCAAACAAGCUUUCCAGUACUCCAUCAUGAUCACCUGCAUCGGGUUUGUUGGCGUCAAUUGCGGCAUGUACGCCAUGCGCCACCUGGUUGGCAGAAGAUUCAUCUGUAUUUUUGGAUCAGUUGUGACAAGUCUCUGCUUCUUGGGGAUGGCUAUUGCGCAAAGUGUCUCACCAUUUACCAUUGAGACGGGCAAAGUCACAGUGGCAAUGGUCGCCAUUUGGGGGUUCUUCUACAACGGCUGUGUCGGCGCUGCGACGUAUCCCGUGGCCACAGAGCUGGUCAGUUCCCGUCUGCGUGCAUGGACUGUGGGAUCGGCGACCUCGAUUCAAUAUGUCUUUGCGUGGCUCACCAGCUUCUGUACGCCCUAUUUUAUCAACCCUACUGAUCUGAACUGGGGACCCAAGUAUGGCUACAUCUGGUUUGGGAGCAACAUUGUCUGCGCCAUUUUCUACUUCCUUUGCAUUCCCGAGUUAAAAGGAAGGUCGUUGGAGGAGAUUGACGAGCUUUUCGAGAAGCGAGUCGGAACCUUCAAGUUCAAGACCUAUCAGACGGAGAUCCAAGAAAAGGCGCUGCACGAUGUCCAAGCCAAUACGGGAGCUUUCUUGGACAAGCCAGCAAUUACCCAUGUCGAAGAAUCGGCGGAAAAGGUUGAAUGA